CUGAACUGCCCACUGAUCCCAGGUGGCGGCCCCGGACUGAGAUGGAAGGUGACACUUCGGCCAGUCAGGCGCUGGCCAUUCUGCCCAUCGACUGGAGGAGGCGAGUGAAGUCAGAGUACAUGCGCCUGCGGCAGCUGAGGCGUUUCCGCAGAGCGGGAGAGGUGAAGGAAUUGUUCACCUCCAACCGGAACAAGAUUCGGAGCCGGACAGAAACCCUGAAUGAGGACUGGAGGAAGUUGCGGAUCCAGCCAGUGAGUGGGACCACGUCGGGAAUGCCCAGCACGGUGAACCGCAAGUGCAUGGUGGAGAGUUUAUUCCUGUCCAAGAGUCAGACAGUGGUGCAGAGGAUUCUGCGCCCGGUGGCAGCGGGCCCAGUGAUGUACUCUUGGUCCCCUCUACAGCAGAAUUUCAUGGUGGAGGAUGAGACAGUCCUACACAACAUCCCCUACAUGGGAGACGAGGUCUUGGAGCAGGACGGAGCUUUCAUUGAGGAGCUGAUCAAUAACUACGAUGGGAAGGUGCACGGGGACAGAGAGUGUGGUUUCAUUAACGAUGAGAUCUUCACUGCGCUUGUGCGAGCCCUGAGCCAGGAGCUGGACGGUGAGGCGGGGACACCGGCAGCUGCCCGGGGCACUGGCAGACACAGUGGGAAGGGUGAGCGGGAGGAGCUCCCGGCUGGCAGUCAGAGCCCUGACAACGGAACGACAGAACGUCUGAGCCGCAGACUCCCUCCCGACAAGAUCUUCAAAGCGAUCGCACUGAUGUUCCCAGACCGCGGUUCAUCAAAGGAACUGAGGGAAAAGUACUGGGAACUGACGGAACGCUGUGAUGGAACCACUCUCCCUCCCGAGUGCACGCCCAACAUCGACGGCCCCAACGCGAGGUCGGUGCAGCGGCUGCAGUCUCUGCAUUCCUUCCACACCCUCUUCUGCAGGCGUUGCUUUAAGUAUGACUGCUUCUUGCACCCUUUUCACGCCACGCCCAACAUGUACAAGCGGAAAAACAGGGAACUGUCAGUGGCGCUGGAUCCGUGCGGCCGGGACUGCUUCCUGCUGCUGGAUGGAGCCCGGGAAUUUUCAGCUUCCCUCUCAGCCAAUCAGAGCCGGGCUCGGAGCCGGCGGAGCGCGGGCCGGAGGAGGAGGCAGCAGCCCGGGGCCUGGGGUCACCCGUGUGGCUGGGGGAGCACCGAGCCUGAGCCCAGGGAAGCCGACAGUGACCGAGAGUGCAGCGGCGACAAUUCCCACAGCGUCUCGGAUCUAUCCGAGGGAAGUUCGCGCUGUCAGACCCCGGUGAAGAUGAAGUCCGUGUCUGGAGCCUGUGAGGCCGACGAGUGUUGCACCACCCCUGGGCAGGAUGGGAGUCCGGAGCGGGGACAGGGUGCGGGGCAGGACGAGGCCACCGGGAGCUGGGACUGUGCCGAGGAAUCGCUGUUCCGGGUGUUGCAUGGAACUUACUUCAACAACUUCUGUGCUAUUGCCCGACUCAUCAGAACCAAGAGCUGCAGACAGGUCUACAUGUUCGCUGUGAAAGAAUCUUCCAUCAUUCACAAGGUGCCCACUGACGAUCAGGUGCUGCCCCCACCGAAAAAGAAGAGGAAGCACCGAUUGUGGGCUGCACACUGCAGGAGGAUUCAGUUAAAGAAAGAUAAUUCCUCCAAUCAGGUUUACAAUUAUCAGCCAUGUGACCACCCUGAGCGCCCGUGUGAUACGACGUGUCCCUGUGUCACGGCCCAGAACUUCUGUGAGAAAUUCUGUCAGUGCAGCCCAGAGUGUCAGAACCGAUUCCCCGGGUGCCGCUGCCGGACCCAGUGCAACACCAAGCAGUGCCCCUGUUACCUGGCGGUGCGCGAGUGUGACCCGGACCUGUGCCACACCUGUGGCGCCUCCGACCACUGGGCCAGCAAGAGCCUCUCCUGCAGGAACUGCAGCAUCCAGCGUGGCCUCAAGAAGCAUCUGUUGUUGGCUCCGUCCGACGUGGCCGGUUGGGGAACCUUCAUCAAAGACGCCGUCCAGAAAAACGAGUUCAUCUCCGAGUAUUGUGGAGAGAUCAUUUCCCAGGAUGAAGCUGACCGGCGCGGGAAGGUUUAUGAUAAAUAUAUGUCCAGCUUCCUGUUCAACCUCAACAACGAUUUUGUUGUUGACGCGACGCGCAAAGGGAACAAGAUCCGCUUCGCGAACCACUCGGUCAAUCCCAACUGUUACGCCAAAGUUGUCAUGGUGAACGGCGAUCACCGGAUCGGGAUCUUUGCCAAGAGGGGGAUCCAGACGGGCGAGGAAUUGUUCUUCGACUAUAGGUACAGCCAGGCCGAUGCUCUCAAGUACGUGGGAAUCGAACGGAAAGUCGAGAUGUUGUGACCGCUCCCCGGAUUUCGCAGCCCCGGACAUCGGCAUGCCCACCACCCCUUCUCCCUCCUCCCGUCUCCCCUUCCCCCUCCUCCCGUCUCCCCCUUCCCCUCCCCCGUCUCCCCUUUUCCCCCUUCCCAACUGGCCUCAGGAAUUUACCCCAAAUAAAUGUGACAGAAGGUC